CAGCCGUGGAGUGCAAUCGGCGUUUCACCGUGUAUGGAACAGGACGCAGAUUCUCCGGUUCCAGCAAGAGAAUUUUACAAGACCCCAAGACCACAUCCCUGGCGACCUAUUUUGGGAUACGAGGUCGUAGAGGUGUCUCCAUUGCCUGCACAGCCAAUAACAAAUCUAUUGGUGGAUGCUUAUCGCACGUCACGUGGAUUGGCGAUAGAACCGCUAAAGUUUCCGAAUUUGGUGACUGGUUUUGAUCGAAAUCCUUCACAUGCGGCACGUGCUGCGCUUUAUACGCGAUACACUCCGUGUGAUUGGAUACACAAUGAAAUCAAACUCUAUAAUGAAGCGAAUACAAAUAGAUGCUACUCUGAAAAAUUGCGCAAGAACAAUGCAUGUUUAAUGCGAGAAGCAGAUGAAAAGGUAAAAAAGGGACAAACAGAGAGCGGUCGAAAACUCGGAGAAAGAAUCACGGAUGUUACUUUCUGGCGGAACGAAGUGGCAUCAGAAUUGGACAGAUUAAUCGUAGAAAACAGUAAAAUGCAAGACAGUCGUCGCAAAUUGCAAAUCGUGAUCCAAGAUCUUGAAGGACAGUUACAUAUCGCGCAAGAAUGUCUUUAUCAUCGGGAAUCGAGAAAAGGUAUUGAUUUGGUUCAUGAUGAGGUCGAAAAAGCUCUGCUAGAAGAAGUUGAAAUUGUGAGAAAUUGUGAGAAAAAGUUGAAACAGAUCAUGGAUAGAUGUAUUAAUCAGUUAACAACUGGUAGAGCUGUACAGCAUCAGCUACAGAUUGAUGUACAAAACAAAGAAACAGCCCUAGGAAUUGAUAACGUGUGUCACCAGAUGAAUAACUUUACUCGAGGUCUGCAAUAUUACGAUGGUAUAGAAAGAUACGAUCCCAGUGUUACUGGGCCUGAAUUUUGGGAAGAAGUGGCAAAUAGUAUAGUAAAGAAAUCGCAGACCGAACGAGCAAAAUCGCACCAAUUGCGAAAUGAUAUUGACAAUGUUAUAAAUGCAGUAGUCUACGAAAUAUGUGAAGCUUGGACUGAAACCAAUAAAGCGCUAGACAGACGAAUUGCUGAAAUGUUGGAAGCGAAGGAAAAUUUACAAACGCAUUUACAUAAGAUUCAAGAAGAGAUUUUUGACGUUGAAAAGAGUAUAGUAUUAAUGCAAAAAACUAUCGCUGAUAAAAGUCCAGUAUUGAAAGUGGCAUACACGCGACUGGAGGCCAGGACACACCGUCCAGAUAAUGAACUGUGCAAAGAUGACGCUCAACUCAGGAUGAACAGAGAAGUACAGGAUAUUAAUAAAAUAGUAUAUGAUUUGAAUAUGAAACUGCAACAAUCUGAGGCGCAGCAUCAGCAACUUUUACGCACGAGAUCUAAUCUGGAAAGCAAUUUGAAGUCUAAAAUAGAUGCAUUGUUCAUUGAUAGAGAAAAGUGCUUGGGACUCAGAAGGAGCUGUCCAAUUUCGUCGAUUGUGAAAUACUGAAACAGUUAGAUUGCAGUGCACAUAAAGUCUUAACAAACUUUAUAAUAUGCAAAAAUUUUGGGGAGUUUCAAGCAACGCAAACAAAUCUAUAUUUAUAUCUACUUAACACAUGCCCAA